AUGAAGAAAGUGCGGAAACAGAGCGAUAAUAAGCCACCGACCUAUCAAGGAGAGCCUGAUCCAACUAUACUAGAAAACUGGUUGAGGGAGUUUGAGAAACUGUUCGGGUCAGUAGGGUGUCCAGAGAACUCAAAAGUAGGCUGUGCUACCUAUUACCUUAAGGGUGAAGCUGACCUUUGGUGGCAGCAAAAUGAGGCUACCAUUAAGGCAUUACCUGGAUUUAAUUGGACUAUGUUUCAAGAGAAGAUUAGGGACAAGUUUUACCCUAGCUUCUUACAUAAACAAAAAGCUGAGGGAUUUUCUAAUCUUGCUAUGGGGAAUAUGUCGGUCACUGAAUACUACACUAAGUUUGUUGAGCUGUCAAGAUUUGCUAAGGAGUCUGUUUCUACAGAAAAGUCUAAGGCUAGGAAGUUUGAGAGUGGUCUGACUACUGCUUUGUAG